UUAUCGGAAAUUUUCCGUUGCAUGACGGAAUGCACUAAUUUCUGACCGUUGAUUUUGGCUCGGCAGAUCAUCGGCAGAUAUUUUCCCCUGUAAAAUACAUUUCAUCCAUUUCCGUUCUCUCCCUCCAUUUCCUCAUUUCUUGAAUUUUCCUAGAUCACCUUCUAUUCCAAACAACAUGGCUGCCAAAACCUUCAUCGUUACCGGUGCCUCGAGAGGUAGGGAACCAACACUACAUAUUGUUCAUGUCGGCAUCUAAUUAUGCGACCUUCGACGCUAAAUAUCCCACCCAUGGUAUAGGUAUUGGUCUUGCAACGGCUAAGUUCCUCCUCUCGGCGCCUCAAUCCCACAAUGUGGUAGUGAUGGCCCGUAGCGCGGAGCCCCUUCAGAAGCUGAAAGACCAGUACCCCACUCAAGUUGAGGUCCUGACCGGCGAUCUUGCGGACUUCUCGCUCGGCCAGAAGGCCGUUGACCUGGCCUUGAAGGCCUUCGGUCAUCUCGAUGGCUUGGUUCUUAACCACGGCAUGCUGGGCCAAGUUGCCAACGUCGCGGAGGCGGAUCCGAAACAAUGGCAGCAUGGAUUUGAUGUCAAUUUCAUUAGCUUGGUGACUUUCAUCAAAGCUGGACUCCCCGCACUUCGCAAAUCCAAGGGUAAGAUCAUCUUGACGUCUUCCGGCGCAUCCGUCUCGGGAUUCAAGGGAUGGGGUCUGUAUGGCGCGACCAAGGCAGCCAUGAACCACCUGGCUUUGAGCCUUGGCGAAGAAGAGCCUGAUGUGACGUCCGUGUCCAUCGACCCGGGUUUGGUUGAUACCGAGAUCCAGAGACAGAUUCGUGAAGAUCUUGCUACUACUAUGGACCGCCAAUUCCAUUCUGUCUUUACUUCUGUUCACCAGGCUGGAAACCUUCUGAAGCCUGAGCAGCCUGGUAAUGUCAUGGCUAAGUUGGUGAUUGAUGCGCCGAACUCGCUGAGUGGCAAGUACCUGACGUGGAACGACGAAUCUCUGAAGGCUUUCCAGUAGACCUUAUAGAAUAGACCUGUAUAUAUCGUGAUCAGUAUAUACCAUCAUAGAAUAUUAGAUGAC